AUGGGUUGGGACGACGUGAGCUUUCACGGGUCGGAUCAAAUUUUGACACCGAAUAUAGACCUGCUCGCGUAUACCGGCGUCGCUUUAGAGAGAUAUUACAGUCAUUGCAUAUGCACGCCAUCGCGCGCCUCUCUCCUCACUGGGAAAUUCGCACAUGUCAUAGGUAUGCAGGGCUACCCGUUGACAAACGCGGAAGAUAGAGCUCUACCUCUUGGAGAGAAAAUUCUACCCCAAUAUUUAAAGGAUCUCGGUUAUGCCACACAUUUGGUUGGAAAAUGGCACGUUGGACAAGCACGAGCCGAACAUUUGCCCACAUUCCGAGGUUUUGACACGCAUUUCGGUCACAGGGGUGGCUAUAUAGAUUACUACGAAUACACGUUAUUGGAAAAUUGGGAUGUAGGAGACGUUUCUGGAUUUGACCUUUUCCGAAAUAUGACGGCUGCUUGGGGAGUUGAAGGAUACAUAACGGAUGUUUACAAUGAAGAAGCGAAAUCAAUUAUUAAGGCACAUGACGUCUCAAGGCCAUUAUUCCUUAUGGUUGCUCAUAACGCUCCUCACUCCGCAAACGAAGGUGCUUACAUGCAGGCACCGUCGGACGAGGUUCGAGCGAUGAGGCAUAUUGAAUUGCCACAAAGAAGAUAUUAUGCUGCCAUGGUUAAAAAACUUGAUGACAGUAUUGGAGACAUCGUUAAAACCCUUUCCGAGAAGGGCAUGUUAGAUAACACUAUAAUAGUAUUCGUAUCCGAUAAUGGUGGUAUAACAACACAGAUGAACGCUAAUUACGCCUCCAAUUAUCCCCUGAGGGGACUUAAAAUGAGUCCAUUUGAAGGGGGUAUUAGGGUAAACGGGCUUAUAUGGAGUAAAAAUUUAACACGAAGUAAACAUUUGUGGAAAGGAUACAUGCAUGUCUCUGAUUGGUUGCCAACACUAUUAAAGGCCGUGGGAACAGAAUCGGCAAAGGAAAUUGAUGGUUUAGAUUUAUGGGAUAACAUAUUAACCAAUACCAAAUCGAAAAGAGACAUGAUUGUGGAAAUUGAUGAUUAUACUGGAUUUUAUUCCAUAAUUCAUAAUGAUUUUAAACUAGUAGUUGGUUCAGUAUUAACUAGUCACAGUAAUCAUCAGGGCAAACAAUUUAGAGGCAUUAUUGGUAAACCACCCUCAUAUGAAGACGCUAUCAAGAAAAGUAAAAUUUAUUCCGUACUUUCGGAUAAUGGGAUUAAUUUUGCUUUUAACGAGAGAGCACUUAGACAUGAAAUCAAAAUUAAAUGUAAUGAUUUGAAACACAAUCAAGAAAUAUGUUAUCCUUCAAAAGAUAAAUGGUGCUUAUUUAACAUCAAAGAAGAUCCUUGCGAAAUAGUGGAUUUAAUGGAAACUCACAGUGAUGUUGCCAAGGAACUGCAUACGAAAUUAGAAAGAGAGAUAGCUAGAACAAUACCACGUACGAUCCCUCAUGAAACAAACCUAAAAGCUAUGCCCAAAUUUCACAAUUAUACGUGGGAUAUUUGGAAAACUUCGGAUAAAGAAGUUACAGAAUAG